UCUUGCUUCCGAAGACGCUUUGCCCGCGGUCUCUUGUGAUGACGUGUGCUCAGUCUUUUCUUUUCUUUUUCGGCCGGGAAAGCUUGCUUUGGACGAUCUUUGAUGCUGUCUUCAACUUCGGCGUUUCGAAGAAAGCAGGGAAACGGUCAGUUACGAUUCUGCAAGUACUCCGCCACACUUCAACAGAUGCCCAGUAGGCAGCGCCUUUAUACCCAGCUGUUUCGACAUCUAGAGACAGCUGGACACUUUCCCCAGAUAACGAGGUCAAAAUCAUGGCCAUAUCUUACUUCCGAAGACGCUUUGCCUGAGGUGCUUUGUGACGACAUGUGCUCAGUAUUUUCAUUUCAAUUUCGGCCGGAAAAACUUGCUUUGGACGAUCCUUCGUGCUGUCUUCAACUUCGGCAUUUCGAAGAAAGCAAGGAAGCGGUCAGUUUCGAUUCUGCAAGUACUCCGCCACACUGCAACAGAUGCCCAGUAGGCAGCGCCUUUAUACCCUGCUGGUUUAGACAUCUAGAGACAGCUGGCACUUUCCCCUGAUAUCGAGGUUGAAAUCAUGGCCAUAUCUUGCUUCCGAAGACGCUUUGCCCGCGGUCCCUUGUGACGACGCGUGCUCAGUCCUUUCUUUUCUCUUUCGGCCGGGAAAGCUUGCUUUGGACGAUCUUUGAUGCUGUCUUCAACUUCGGCGUUUCGAAGAAAGCACGGAAGCGAACCCUAAUUCAACAAAUAUUGAGGUUGGUUCCGGCGGAGCUAGUGACAAGUGUAACAACCGCACAAAUGGAUGAAGUUGUCGACAAGUGUCAAGACAAAGAAUCGAUGAUGGAAGGCUCAUCCCUUUUAAGCACAAUAGGCGAUGAUCUUCAAAGCCUUGUCAUAUUUCCAGGAACCAAGUGGUGCGGAGCCGGCAACGUAGCGAAAAAUUAUAGCGAUUUGGGCAGUGCCAGCGCCACCGACAUGUGCUGUCGGGACCAUGACCAUUCCGAAGAUAGCAUACCAGCCUUCGGCAUGGAGCAUGGAAUCAGAAACUACAUGUUCUACACCAUGACCGACUGCCCCGACGAUCAUAAGUUCUUCAAUUGCCUCCAAAAUGUUAGCAGCUUCACUUCUGUGACCGUGGGGACGAUCUUUUUCGACAUCCUGAAGACCCACUGCUUCGAGUACGGAUAUCCUACAAUGUGCACGGAUUACAACUAUUGGCUCAUCGUGUUGUUGCAAGAUCCUUGCCUAAAAAGAGAGCCAGACACGUCUAAGCCCAUGCAAUGGCAAGUCGUCGGCCCGGCGCCCUUCUUAGAAACCUUCAUUGAAAAUCACCAAAAUGGAAGUGCAUCCAACUCUUCGUUGUGACGCUAAAAUAAUCGCUAACACAGACUAGCAAGAGACUCAAAGCAAAAAAACAAAGAAUGGAAACAUUGAUCUGAUUUUGCGAAUACUGAAAUGCGCCAG